GUAACUGUAGCAAGUCAUUAUCUCUCCAGUUUGCACUUCUAUACAGUGAAGAGUUGGGGGGUCCAGACCAGUGGUUUCCAAACCCAAUCUCACAGCCAGAAUCACUGGGAAAAUUUUUCAAAACAGAUUUCUAGGUUUUAGUAUCUGGGAAAUCUGUGUAUGUUUUCUUUCCCUUCCCCCCAAGAGACUCUCAGAUGAUCACUGGCCUACAUGAUUGUGAAGUCCUUGAAGAAAUAUGGAUUGUCAUUCGGUCAGAAAAAGCAAAUGGCACCUGCGAGUUUGAACUAUGACUGCUUUGAGUUCUAAUGUAAAACCAGAGCAGGCAUACCGUGGAACUUUUUUUUGGUUUUUCUUCUUUAUUUCAUGGUCACUUAAAGAAGAUGAUAGGAAUUAAAGUUAGAGGUGUGGGAAGAAAUGUGUGUGAGGAGAUUCAGCAUGGGUGUUAAGACUUUGUCCAUAUUUUGUACAUAAACAUGAUUUGGGGUGUUGAGCUGCUCUCCUUGGGAAUCAUGUCACUGGUAGAUCCUCAGUGGAGUAACCGUAGAGGGUAGAUUAGCAUCCUGUCCUUUGCAAAUAGGCAGCUGUGGAUUUAGUACAUUGAGCUGGUGGUCGAUGGCUGAGAUCAGCUCAAAAACAUGGGCAAUUGGUUUAACACAAAUUAUCAAAAGCAAGGAAAAAAUCAGGCUAAUUAGCUCACUCUUUCUAAUUUGAGGAAUCUGAGGGUACUAGUUCCGAACUGGGGAUGAUUUUGCCUCCCAAGGGUUUUGGGCAGUGUUGGAGACAUUUUUGGUUGCAUCUUGGUGGGGAGGUGCAGCUGCAUCUGGUGGGUAGAGGAUGGGGAGGCUGCUAAACAUCCCACAGUGCCCUGGACGGCCUGUCUUGCUGUGAUGGUUUGGAGUGGGUGUAACAGGCCUACGUCCAUGUCCCAGGUGCAAACAGAGGUUCUUCAGAAGAGGCAGCGGGAGAAAGCUCACAUGAUGAAUGCCAUUAAGAAAUACCAGAAAGGCUUCUCUGACAAACUGGAUUUCCUUGACGGAGAUCAGAAACCUGUUGCACGGGGCUCGAAGGAAGGAGCUAAAGGCCAGCAGAUGAAGAAAGGUCCCAAUGCCAAACGACGCUAUAAAAACCAGAAGUUUGGGUUUGGUGGUAAGAAGAAAGGCAGCAAGUGGAACACUCGUGAUAGCUACGAUGAUGUAUCCAGCUUCCGGGCCAAGAAAGCUCAUGGCAAGGGCCUCAAGAGGCCUGGAAAGAAAGGAUCAAAUAAGAGACCUGGGAAACGGACAAGAGAGAAAAUGAAGAGCAGGGCACGCUAAGCAGCAUCUCCAAGAAAAAGGAUGAAGACUUGGGAUUUCACAAUACAAUUGGGUCCCUUUUUGUAAAAAAAUUUUCAAUAAACAAAAAAAUUACCAAAGAAGCAUAAACCCUUGGGUGAAAACACAGUUAAGACUAAAAGAUUUAGAAGUUACUUUUACAUAUUAAAUAAUACUUCUAUUUAUUGAUAAUUUA